AUGGACCCCCAAACCGCCGUCCAGACUCUUGACACCCACACGACUACUCUGACAAUCCUCCAUCUCACCCAUCCCCUCCUCCACCCCAACCCCUCCACAAAACCCCACACCCGCACCUCCGCCGCCUCCGACACGUCGAACCAAGCAACCCCAACCCCGGCCCUGCUCGCAGCAGAUCUAGCGCAUUAUCGUGACCUCUUCACCAAACUCCGCUUCUCCUACGUCGAACAAGUGACCAAGGAGAGGUUUCUUCGGAGCUUGGUCUCGAAUCCACCCGAGUCCUCCAGUGCGGAGGAGAAUGCAGCGUUGGAGGAGAAGUUGAGGGGAGAUAAGGCGGCAUUGAAGGAGAGGAAGGAGGAAGCGAGGGGGUUGAUCCAGGAGUUGGAGGAGCAAGGGAGGAGUCUGGUGGGAAGAUGGGAAGGUGUACGGGAGAGGAGGGUGGAGUUGGAAGCAUUACCGACGGAGAUAGAGCUGUUAGAGGAGCAAAUACAAGACCUGAUAGCAAAACAAGAACCACAGCACAGCAAUCCAGAACUCGCACUCCCGCUCCAACCAACACAAGACCUCCUCCGACAACGAGAGGUCGAGCUCGAGGCGAUCGAUGCACAGAUCGCCGCUCUCCGACGAGAUGGCCCGGCUAGAAAGCAAGAGGUAGAGGGUCUACGGGACGAACUACCGGCUUUGCAGGCGAGGAAAUUUCAAGUGGUGGCGGAGGCACGGGAGGCGAGGAGACGGCGGCAGGAGGGUGCGAGUGCGAUUGAAGGGGAUGAGAUGGAGGAGAGGGGACGGUGGCUCAGGGGUGUGGAGGCCGGGUUGAGGGGGAUGCUUGAGGUGUAG